AUGUAUGAUAUUUCCUCACAGCUGGUGCUCAAGUGGGACAGACUUGGACCACAGCAUGAGAUUGAUAUGGCUGAUGAUCUCACACGACUGGCGUUUGACACGAUUGGCUUGUGUGCUUUUAGUUAUCGAUUCAACGAAUUCUACAGUGAACAUAUGCACCUAUUUGCCGAGCAAAUGGGCCGUGUCUUGCUAGAGUCUGGCAAACGAGCCUUCCGUCUCGGAGUCGUCAAUCAGGUAUUCGCUUGGAGUGAGCAGGAGCGCCAGGAAGAUAUACACAAGAUGCAUGCUGUAGCAGAUGAGAUUAUUGCAGAUCGGAAACGCAAUCCUCAGCCGGAAAAUAAAGAUUUACUGAACACAAUGCUUUCUGUUGCCGAUCCAGAGACCGGCGAGAAACUUUCCGAUGAGAAUAUCCGGUUUAACCUGGUCACCUUUCUGAUUGCCGGUCAUGAAACGACCAGCGCUACGCUGUGUUUCUUAUAUUACAAUUGGCUCAAGAAUCCUCUGACACUAAAAAAGGCGCAGCAGGAAGUUGAUGAAGUUGUAGGAGGUUCAGUGCUGAAUGUUGAUCACCUGCCUAAGCUGACCUACAUUGAUGCUUCUAUUAAAGAAACUCUGCGUCUCAGUAGUCCUAUUCCUACAUUCUUUGUUAAGCCAAAGAACGAUACAACGGUUGGCGAACGCUUCAAAAUUUCCUCCAAUACAAUGGUGCAGUGCAACAUGCAAGGAUUACAUACAGACCCUGCCGUUUGGGGCGACGAUGCGGAGACUUUUCGACCUGAGCGCAUGCUCAAUGGCGGGUUUGCCUCUUUACCUCCUAAUUCUUGGAAGCCGUUUGGCAACGGCAUGCGAGCCUGUAUUGGCCGCGGCUUUGCCGAGCAGGAGAUGCUCAUGAACGCAGCUCUGGUUCUCCAGCGGUUCCAGCUAGAAUUUGCUGACCCCUCAUAUGAAUUGGAUGUCGCAUCGACGCUUACUAUUAAGCCGAGAGGCUUCAAGAUAAGAGUUCAUCGCAGACCUGGCAAGCCCGCGUUUUUUGGAGUGCCUGGAGGCGGAGUGGUAGAGGCUGAACGCAAAGGGAUUAACAGGUCCCCUAACCUGGAUAUGAUAAAAAGCUCACGAUCUCCAAUCACUAUACUUUUUGGCGGCAAUACGGGCACAUGUCAAAGCUUUGCUCUCGACCUAGAGGACAAACUGAUGUGUCUUGGCUUUGUUGUAACCACCAAGCCCCUAGACGCCGCAACUCAGAACCUUCCUACAGAUCGACCUGUCAUUGUUAUCACUGCUUCAUUUGAGGGAAAUCCGCCUGAUAACGCGAAAGAGUUUGUUGAAUGGCUGGAGCGUGCUCAGGAGAAAGACAUGCUAAACGGUGUUCAGUACGCCGUUUUCGGUGUUGGGAAUUCUGACUGGCCUAACACCUAUCAUCGUAUCCCUAGACUUGUGGAUUCAACAAUGGCCAGACUUGGAGCUUCGCAUAUUCUCGAGAUCGGCGUUACCGAUGUCAAAAAGGAUAUCAUUGGCCCCUGGGAGGACUGGUCGGAGAAGCUCAUCCAAGCGCUUGCAGGACCCAAGACCAGAGCCAAAGGUGAAGCGCCAUCGAUUUCUGUAGCAAUUAGGCCUGGCGAGCUACCUCAGAUACUGGGAGGCAAGAUAGUGAACAUUGGGACAGUUAUCAACAACUACCAGCUUUGUGGAACUGAGAUAGGUCUCGCAAAAAGACACAUGAGCAUUCGUUUGCCCGAAGGCCAGACAUAUCAAGCGGGCGACUACCUUGUUGUGCAGCCCAGGAAUUCGGAAGAAACUGCUCGCCGAGUACUGAGAUAUUUUUCAAUCAGUGAACAUGAUACCAUGGUCGUACAAAACUCUAAGAAAACGUUUAUGCCCACAAAGCCAGUCUCCGUGAUGGAGUUCCUCCAAAACGCGGUCGAGUUGGGCACACCUAUUACAAAGCGUCAGAUAGAAGUGCUCACCACCAAUACUAUUAAAGAGCACAGGGCUGCUCUUGAGGAACUCAAAAGUGAGGAGAUAUACCCUACACUGCUUGAUAAGCGCUAUAGCAUCAUUGACGUACUCGAGGAGUAUCCUUCGGGUCUCUCGUUUGGCACCUACAUUGAUAUGCUCCAACCGCUUACUCCCCGCCAAUAUUCUAUCUCCUCGUCUCCGCGCCAUUCCACUGGGUCAUCUUACCAAGUCGCUUCCAUCACAUUCGAUGUCCACCAUUCCCCCGCCCGCUCGGGCCAUGGGACAUUCAACGGCGUGGCGUCCAAUUAUCUCGCCACGCGCUGCGCCGGCGACCAGAUUUCCUGCUACACACGCCCCACUAGUGUUGGCUUCCGCCUGCCCGUAGAUCCAGAUGUCCCUAUCCUGAUGAUGGCUGCGGGGACAGGCAUCGCACCAAUGCGUGCCUUUCUUCAGGAACGUGCGAGGAUCGCAGAAGACGGGAUUCAAGAAUUGGCGCCUGCAAUUCUCUUCUUCGGUUGUCGCAAUGAUCCCAUGGACUUUAUCUACAAGAAUGAGCUCCGCUCCUGGGAAGAUAUGGGGAUUGUAGUAGUCAAGCUAGCAUUCAGCAGGCCAAGUGAUGGUUCGACACCGCAAUAUAUUCAGGACGUUAUUUGGGAGAAUCGGCAGGAGGUCUCCGAUUUAUUCCGUAGAGGAGGAAGGAUUUUUGUAUGCGGCAGCGCGGCUAGGCUGGGAAGAAGCGUGGCAGAUGUAUGUAUUAGAAUUUACCUGGAGGAAACAGGCCAGAGCGAUGAAGAGGCGGAGGCGUGGCUGCAGAGUGUGAGGACCUCUCGUUAUAUUAGUGAUGUUUAUUAG